UUUGCAUAAGCGCAUAACCAUAAGUAUAAGGAAAUUGAUUGGUUCAUUUCGUUAGGCAUAUGUUUGUGGACCAAUCAAUUUCCUUAUACUUAUGGUUAUGCGCUUAUGCAAAAGUCUGUGCUCCCCGCUUUACUCAGUUCCAUGGGAAACAUUUCCGAAAACACCCUAAUCGUGUGUAAUUAUAUGAUUCGGCGCUAUAAGCGUUAUCAAUUAUCAUUACAUUCAUCAUUUAUUACCGUGUUCAUCUCGCGAAAUGAGAUUCUUAUCCAUCUCCUUGUCAUGACAACGGAUGCGAGCAAAGAUGUCAAAGAAGCAUGAGAAUAAGGCUAACAUCGAUUACAAGGCGCGACUCGAGUACAAAUUGUACUUGGCCAGAGAAAAUCCAGAGCCAAUAUUUGAUGUGUCAGAAUGUGCCUUGAAGCAUGUGCCAUCGGGUAUCUAUUCACUCUGCAAGGUGUUUCGGAAGGAAACCUUACUAAUGUACGACAACAAGCUGAGCUCACUCUCGGGUGGAGGUGCCUUAAGUAACUUGUCGCUACUGACUGUUUUAGACAUUCAUGGGAAUGAGUUUACCACAUUACCCCCUGAUAUUAUGUGUCUCUCUUCUCUCAAGGAGCUCUAUUUGCAAGACAAUAGCAUCCGCAAACUACCCAAUGAGAUAAUGUAUUUGAGUAAAUUAACAAUUCUGGAUGUCUCGAAGAACAAUCUGAAACAAAUGCCUAAUGGCAUUGGACAAUUGCAGAAGCAACUCACUACUCUUAAUAUUAGCCAUAAUAAAUCAUUGCAAAAGCUGCCCAUAUCUCUGGGCUAUGCUCAGCAAUUGACAAAUCUAAAUAUUGAUGGUUUGAAAUUAUCGUAUCCACCUCAAGAUAUUUUAGAUGGUGGCACAAUAGUGAUUAUUGCAUUUUUGGCGAACGAGAAUGGAAUCGACUACUCGCCGGAGACUUCGAUAUCAGAGACCGAUAUUUCGAGGGAUAUAAGUUCAGAUGACAUGCAAACAGUACAUCACAAUAAGAGUAAUGAUGUUCAGGCAAUAUUACAGAAGCUAGACAAAAUGAAGGAACAUCGGCAAAAUGCCUUAUUGGAAGUGGAGAGGAACAUAAAACAGCAGCAGGAAUAUGAAAUGGAAGUGCAAUCCAUGCUCAAAGUUCAUAAAAAGAAACUUCUGGAAGAUCUAGCAUUACAACAGAUACAAUUGGAACAAGAACUUGAGAAAGUGCAGCAAGAAAGAGACACGAAUAGAGCGCGUUUGCUUUCAUACGUUUAUAAUGCUGAAAAAGAAGCUGAUAAUGUAAUUAAAGAAUUUCUAAGAAUUAGUGAAGAAGAAAGGCAAAGUCAAACUGAAUUAUUAGAACGGGAGAAGCAGGAAGAAAUGCAAUUGUUAAGUUCUUGCCACUCAGAACAGUCCAUGCUACGUAUGAAGGAUACUCUUUUUGCAAUGGAGAAAUUGUUGGAAGAAGAAAUGUGCAAAGCGAGGAAACUGGAAGAGCAUACUAAAUAUAGAGAUUAUACGAUGCAAUCCUUGCUUACACUAGAGGUAAAGAACAACGACCAUUUGGCACAGAUAGUGCAGGAUCAAGAAAAAAAUAGGCAAGAUCUCGUUGAUAGAUUGCGACAGGACGAAGUUUUGCAGAAAGCGGCAGUCGCUACAUUAUUAGAACGUAGUGAUGCGCGUUCUUGGAGCAUUGUUCAACAAGUAAAUCUAGUCCAGUCGCAAUUGGCCGCGCUUACAAAUAUCGAGUUUGAAAGAAAGAAGUUGGAGAUCAACCAGCAGCUUAAUGAGAUCGCUGAUAAACGCGUGGCCCUAACAGCUAUUCUGAUUGACUUAUUGGAACAGCAAAAGAACAGGAGAGACCAACUACUGGAAACAAUUAAUACGAUAGAGCAGCAGCGAUGCAUUUCUAAUGCGAGGCGGGGCAGUAUGUUCUGGCUAAUGCAGUAUCAGUCUCUAAUGGAAGUACGACCACAAGGAUUACUGGAAAUGUUGGAACCUAUGCUAGUUCGGCAUGUAGCGAUAGCAGAAGCUUUGCACUGUCUUCCAUUUCUGGCCACGUUGCCGUCUUUGUUACCAGACAUUAGCGAUGAAAAAUUAAAAGAUAUAGGCAUAAGUUGCGAUAGAGAUCGUACUGCUAUAAUGCUAGCAGUUGAAAAUUAUCUGACAGAGAUGAAACUAAAUGAAUCCACAUCGCCCAUAAUGCCUUCUGCGCCUCUUGAAGAAGCGUCGACCAGCAAUCAGAACUACAAUUUUGUUCAGAAUAUGAUGGAAUGUGUAAUUUGCUUCGAUUUGCAAUGUGAGAUCAUUUUUCUACCUUGUGGACAUCUCUGCUGUUGUUCUACUUGUGCAGACAAAGUUUUUGCAGGAUGUCCAAUGUGCAGGAGUCCAAUAGAACGCAAAGUUCGAAUUAUGCAGCCUUAAAUUCGCGAAAUUCAAUUUUAUUCAAUUUAUUCUCGAAUUUAAUUUGAUCUUUAAAGGUAUAAAAAUAUACGCCAUUCUUCCUUGACUGUGAUUACACUUACGCGUGUGCGAAAUGUUUCGAUAAUAGCUAUUUAUAAUGCGCACAAUUAUAUUUACCUUUGGUAAUAUAAUGCUCAUAUUAACGUCGAUUCCAUAUAUACAGGGCAUUCCAUUUUAUUGGAAACAGCAACGAAAUUUCAAGUUUACAAAAUAUGUAGCUGUCAAUAAAAUGAAAUACUUUGUAUGUGUAUACAUAUAUAGAAAAUAUAUCAAUAUUAUAUAUAGACUUCAUAAAAUUAUUGGAUUUCUUUUUUUUUCUUUAAAAAAAUUAUUUAAUAUUUUAAAAAUGUAUUUAAAAAAAAGAAAUUUAGUGUUUUUAAAAAAAAUUGAAAAUACAGAGAAAAAAAUUAAGAAUUUAAACUAUCUGAAACUGCAGAUUAGACAUAUUUUGCAUUCAUAUAAUAUCUGACAUAUUUUACACAUAAUUACUACAUAUAAAUCGCGAACAUAUCCUUGUAGACUAUAGAACAUAUAAAAAGUUAGAAAUAUAUUUGAAAGAGAGAGAGAAAGUGAGGAUAAUAUAAGAUUUGUUAAUGAUAGAGUGCAAAAAAAGAAGUGAAAAAUUAGAGUAUAUAAUAAGCUUUUUAUAAUAAAUAAUUUUUACGACAAAAUUUCUAUAUAAAUGUGAUUACUUCUAUGUAGGAAUUGUUUUAAAUCAAUGUAAUUUGAAUUCACUUUUUAAUGCCAAUAUUAAUAUUGUCACAUAUUGUUUUGGUCUUAAAAAAAAAAUUUCUGUUAAAUAAUAUAAUAAAAUUCGUUUGUGCGUCUGUUUCUUUCUGAAGUUUUUAAAUAAAUAACUUAACUUCCUAUUUGCAUCAAUAUCUUAUACUAAAUUAAUUAUAUUAUGAUUAUCUUAAAGCCAUUAAUAUGUAUCGUGUAUCAUUAAAAAAUAUAUAUUGUAUAUAUAUAAAAUUAUCAAAUAAAUGAAAUAAAUAUUAA